AUGGAAAAAGGUGAACCUAGAACUUUGGCUGUCCAGUUUAGAGAGAUGCUUAUGCACAGGACGUGCUUCCGAGUUGGUUGCAUCCAAUCAGACUCCUGCUGCCCUAGAUGCACUGACCUUGCAUCAAAUCCUACAAUUAGCAACAUGGCACAACAUGGCUUUAUGAAGCCUGACGAAGAUGCGCCCUGCCGCGCCAGGUUUUCGCAGUCCUACGUCGACACGAGCGCCCGCGAAAGUUAUCGCUGCGAUCGGGAGAUUAUGUACAUGCUGGACAUGCUGAUGCGGCCUUAUCCUCGGCGGCAGAUCUUGGUCACGGAGGAUGUGAAUUUGGCGAGGGAGGCCAACACCGUCUGCCAUGUGCGCUCUGCGAAGUGGUUGAACGAGGAGUUGCUGAAGAGUGGUCCGGCCGGAGUCAACGCCAGCGAGGCUCUCAUGUCGAUUGAGUACGACUUCCAGCCCAUCAUGGAAGAACUUCCCAAGGCCGUCCAGAUAGCAUUCGCUGCACGCUGA